AUGGAUCUCUUGAGGCUCGAGCAGCAGCGGAAAGCUCUUGAACAGAGUCUGCAGAAGCUGCGAGCAAGCCUGCAGCACUGGCAGACGUUCGACGCGGAGUAUGAGGGCCUCAGGGAGGAGCUGCACUCCCUCUCCGACACACUCGACAUCGAGAGCAUCAGCAAAUCUUACCCUGGCGACCUCGUCAACGAGAAGGAAAUCCGCGAGCUGGCCAGCCUCGACUCUCCCUCGCCACGCACCGCCUCGCAGAUUCUUGGCAUCGUCUCGCGCCGCCAGGAGUACGUCCAGAAGAAUAUCGAGACGGUGCAGCGCCAAUUCUGGGAUGCCGAGGCCAAGCUGGAAGAGCUCGACUUCGUUGCCGUCACUUCGGCACACCGGGAGGAGGGCCGUACUGCAAGUCUACCCCUCACGGAGAUUCACGAGGAGCUCGACGACGAGGGCAAUGUCCUCUCGUCGACUUUGUCACGGCCUGAAGAGUCUACUGCCAACAUCAUCGAUAGCCUGAGGAAAGCUGGGCUGGCCGAGAAGGAUCUGGACGCUGCCACCGACGACCAGGAUGCCGAUGAUCACUCCGCGACGACGGGAUCUCACAACGUCCUGCCGCCGGCCUUGGUCGACAAGCGCUACAAGGAUUCACCCAACACAGAAGACAAGUCUACAGGCGAGGGCGGCAGCCGCAGUAGACCUCCUGUUCGUAAGAAGUCUGUGUCAUUCACAGCCGACACCAAACCUUCGCCGGAGCCCGUACGAUCCGAGUCAGAGGACGGUAAGAAGACUGUGUCUUUCAACGACAAGAUCGCAGUCAUGCCUGCCGCUCCUCCGCCAGAUCCCAGAACGGUCUCAUUCUCGCCAACAGUAGAAGAAAUCCCAGCGGAGCCCGCCGUCUCUGCGAAGGCCAACAUGCAUGAAACCCAGGCCAAGUCAGACGACGAGAUGCAAAGGAGCCUACGUGGCAUGUUCAAGCCUGGCGAGAAGGUCUAUGAAUUGGGCGACGACGAGGAAGUUCUCGGGUCACACAUCGUCAUUCCGGAAGGCGAGUCCGAAGAAGAUGCUCGCCUACGGCGGGAGAUGAUCAACUAUCAUCUGCAUGAAGUCGGCCAUAUCGUAGCGGAGAUGAAUCUCGAGGAAGGAAUGGACGAUGGAUACGAUGACGAAGACGAGUCCGCAUCUGCAUCUGAUCUUGCCUCGUCACAAUACUUGGACGAGGACACUCCGUACACCAGUGGACUCUCUGAUUCCGAUAACGAGAGCGAGGAUGAACACGGCCGGAGGAAGCGCCGUGUCAUUAGUGACGAUUACCACCAGCAGAUGAAGGAGCUGGAGAGUAGACUGAUUGGCAACCUUGGACCGGCUCCAAGUGACGAUACUGUUGCUGACAUCGACCCGCACUUCGAUCCCGCAGACGUUCGCAAACUAGUUAUCCGUGCAAGUAGAGGUUCUCAGUCGAGUGCGAGCUCUGAAAACGAUAAGAAAGCUGCGGGCAAGAAGCGUGUCAGCUUUGCAGAAGCACUUGACGUCGCCGAUGAAAUAGUACCGCCUACCAAAGCUGCCAAGCUCGAGGACGGAGAAAACGCUGCGCCUGUGUCGGAGAUGGUGACGGAACGAAGUGCGCCCGGACCUGCUUCUGCUCCAUCGAUGCCCUUCCCGGCGAAGACAUCUCGGUUUCAGCAGGCUCGAUCUUCCGCCUCAGCUGCUGAGUCCAGUACCAUGAACAUUGGCAACGGCGAGCAUGACAGUGACCGCCCCACUGGACCUGCUGGCAAGAUCAUUGCGGACACGCUGCUUGAGCGCAACGUGCCUCGACAAGGUGCCGCGCCUCCCUUGGAAGACGAUCCGAUCAUGCAACGUCGUGAACUGGCCGCCGAGUAUUACCGUCGGCGCAAUGAUAUGAUCCGACAGCAGGGAGGCUUUAAGGCUGCUGCGGAUGAGGAUCAGGACAUGGGUGAGCUGAUGGAGGAGAGAGAUGGCAAACUGAAAAAAGUCAGUAAAUUUCGGGCUGCGAGGAUCAAGCCGCAGUAG